AUGUUAUUGCCCAAAGAAAAUGAAAACGCCAAUCGGACCACAAGCGAGUGUUUAAUGUACUAGGCCCUAAGUCCUUCUCAAUCAUAAAUUAACGAAAUUUACAAGAAGAUUUAAGGCAAAACUACCCACCGAGAGAAUGACUCUUGGUUCAUUCCUGGUGACGAGUCGACGUGUGGACACCUGCUGUACCUCGGGACACCUGACACGAGUUUAACCAGUGGGUCUCCCUACCGCCGUCAAGCAUUCCUCAAGGGGCCUAGUUUUAUACGACACCUUAUACCUUACCGUCUUAAUUAAGGAUCUUCCAGAGGUUUGGCAAUUAUCUCCUCAACACGCGUUUAUCCGCCGCAAGGCACAGUAGUUUUUCGCUGACAGGUGACGUGUAUACAGUGAAAAGGUUUUGUGUUCAGGCAGCCCCGAGCUGCUGUGUGGUGGCCCCAGCAGCAGUGUCGUCCCUCCUGCAGGCGCCUCUUGCACCACAACCUGAGGGGGUCGUCAAGAAGGGCAAACCUUCAUAUAGACAGGAAGCGGAGGCGGCCGAGCCCUGGGAGACAAGCCCUCAUGUACAUAUAACCACAAGCUGCAUUUUGGUGCAAGUGUCUAGAAGUAUGGAGGAGGAAACUCAGCUGAGUCCAUUCGUGUACUGGGCUCAGACUGAUGCGACCGUCACGCUCAGAAUUGAGCUCCGGAAUGUGCAGGCUCCCAGUGUGAAUCUUCAGGACCAGAGCCUCAUCUUCUCAGCUGUUGGACAUGGUGCACAAGGGGAAAACAAAUAUGGAUUUAAUCUCAAGCUUUUAAGAACAAUUGACACUGAGAAAAGCAGAUACAGAGUACUGGAUCGCAGUGUAGAAUUUAGUCUAAUUAAGACUGAGGUUGAAUUUUGGCCCAGACUGCUUGAAGACACAAAGAAACCUGCUUGGCUCAAAAUUGAUUUUGACAAGUGGACACAUGAAGAGGAUUUAUCGGAUGAGGCACGAGAUAUUACAGAUGACUAUCCGGGUCUUUAUGAGCAGAUGCAGGCAGAGGAGAUGGGAUGGCCAGCAAAAAAGGAGAAUCUGAAGAAAGUGUAUCUGAUGCUGUAUAAUCUGUGGCAGCUUGUUGGCUUUAUAUAUGUCAUGUCUGUGAUGAGCACACGGUACCUCAGAGACGGGCCAGAUUCCAUGGAGGGAACAUACGAGGCUGUCGGAUGGAUGAUGCACCUUUGUCUAAUGACACAGUUCCUUGAAGUGCUUCAUCCAAUUGUUGGGUACACAAAAGGAUCUGUUUUUGAGGCUAUAGUUCAGAUUGGUGGCCGAGGCAUAAUUUUCUUUUGCUUGAUUGAAGGAGAAGAAAGAAUGCAAACAAAACCUGUUAUCUUUUAUCUUUUCCUUGUGUGGUCACUUAUAGAAUUGGUAAGAUACCCAUACUACAUUUUGAAAAUCUAUGAUGUGGAACUUGGCUUCAUCACCUGGCUUCGGUACACUAUUUGGAUUCCACUCUAUCCACUCGGUUUCAUUUUAGAAGGUGUGGUUAUUCUUCGGGACAUUCCUUACUUUGAUGAGACAGGGAAGUAUUCGGUGGCUCUACCAAACAAAUGGAAUUUCGCUUUCCAUUUUCCAACUCUCCUCAGGUGCUACCUCCUCUUUUUCUUCUUUCCAGCUAUGUACAAGAUGAUGAACUACAUGUAUCAUCUGCGUAUAAAGAAGUUAGGUCCCAGAAGUUGGAAGAAGAAGUUUGCCUAGUCAACCCGAGCAGUGAUUGUGUAGACCAGCGUUUCUCAAGCAGGUUGCCAUGGAACCCCAAGGUAACAAGGGGUUCCACAAGAGAAAGUUAUAAAUAGGUUAAUUCCAAGUCUAUGCAAAUGUAUUUUUGAGUAAUUUUUGUGUUACAUUUUUCUCAUUUAACCAAUUUCAAGAGCAAAGGCAGAACUUGUCCCCUUUCAGUUGACAAUGAAGUUCUUUUAUGUUUAUCUAAAGUACGAUCUGGAAUUAUUUGAAGGAGCAAAGGUUGAGAAACACUGGUGUAGACUGUAUAAUUGGAAAGUUCAUAUACAGUAUUGGUAAUAACUUUACCUUUUCUUUUACCUUUAAACCUUUUUUUUACCUUUUACCUUCACCUAUAAGUCUUUUACGACAUGCAGGCCAUCUUGUUUUUCUAAGGUCAUUUCAGAAAUAAUUUUGAAACAUUUAAUGUACUUGAUAGUUUUUUUGGCUAUCAUUAAUAUUUGCUAGAACAUUAUGUACUGUAUCUAAGUAAUAGAAAUAUGGAAGAAAGAAACUUAAAUGUAUCAGCAUUAUCAGGGUGUUAUUCUUAUCAGUAACUAAUAUCUUGUGUAAUUCAUGUACUGUACAAGCACGGGGUCUGCCAUUUGACCACUUCAAGACCGAGGGGUUUGAGAAAGGGUUAGAUAGUCAGGCACGCUGUUGGAACAUUUUGUUAUAUUUUUUUUUUUUUUAAAUAUGCAAGUCUCAUUUGAAAACUCAUCAUAAUAUGUAUUGUGGUAGACUUUGGUAAAUUUGAGGUAUAUACUGAAGAUUUAGGCAAGAUGCUGAAGUUCUAUAGGUAAUUCUUCACAUUAACACAGGAUCAUUUACUGCAAGCUUAUAUUGGUAGCCAUUGCAAAGCAAAAUUUUAAUUUAAAAAUAAAUUCUUUCGUGAUCUUUGCAUGCUUGAAAAGUGUCUUUAUAUUGUUGAAAUUCUUAAUUUCCAGAGUACUGUACAGUACUAAAGUCAACUAUAGAUUUCAUGAACUUAAGAACUCUUUCGAAGCACAUAACACUUUUAUGUUUUGUGUAGGCUUUUCUCUCUUCUCAACUGCUGCCUCCUUCCUGUUACAUUGUUGACAUAACUAUCACACUAGCUUCUCUGAUCUAUAGUGGCUUCAAGUGUGGGUGAUACCAAUUCUCUUGAGUUGUGAGGACUAUAGUCCCUUACUUUAAGCAAGGAGCUUAAGAUAUUCUAGAUAUUGUUUUUCACUGUUGUUCCAAAACUUUCAAAAUCUAUCUAAUUGUCUUGUUGAGGAAAUAAUAGAUGUGGCCCAGUGUCUGAUUCAGCCAUUCUUUAGGGUUGAAUGUUUUACCUUCUUGAGGUUAUCUUGAGAUGAUUUCGGGGCUUUUAGUGUCCCCGCGGCCCGGUCCUUGACCAGGCCUCCACCCCCAGGAAGCAGCCUGUGACAGCUGACUAACACCCAGGUACCUGUUUU